UUCUCUAGCUUUAGACGCCUGUUCUCUGGUUAUGAUUUGGAAUGCCUUUGAAUUGUAUAAGUAAUGAUUUCAGGUUAUGUGUGUAAGAACCAAGCACUUGUUAUUUUCAGAGAGCCUGUGUUUCCGCAUUCCGAACCGGAGGUGAUUAGUGUUUAAACAAACAUAUUAGUGCAAAUUACUGGCUUACUAGGGCAAUCAUGGACUGCAAGGGAACUAAUUGGCUGAAAAAAGAGAAGAAUGAAGUGUAUGCUGAAUCAGGCUCGUUGUUUCUUGAAGAUCCACUAACGAUGCCUAGUCUUCGUAUAAAGCAUGACCCAGAACUGAAACAGGAUUUGGAUGGCACUGAACAUCAUUUUCUUGAAGAUGACUUGGGAACCUCUUGGCCAAAUGAUUUUAUCAAGAAGGAUCCUGAACUAAAUUUGGAGGUGGAUGAAACUGAGAAUACUGUGGCAGCCUCAAUAAGAAACACAUCUGAUAGCACAAGUUUCAUUCAAAGUGCUGGUGAGAGCUGUGACAUCUCAUUUCAAGAAAUAUUACAUCAAGGAGUAGUCAACGACGAGCUGGAGAUGGAUGCAGAGAAGUCGACAGAUUUCACUGUGUGCGAUAGCUAUACCAAAAUAUCGAUUUCACAAGAAGAUAGCUUAUUCAGCACGAGAUUUAGUCGUAGCAUUAGGGAAAAGGAUUUUCACAAGUUUAACUGUAAUUUCUGCCUAAAGAGCUUCCCUUCCAAAUACAGACUCAUAAUGCAUGUCUUCAACCACAUUGAUGGUGUGCAGGCACCUGCAUAUGUGUGUAAGUCAUGUGGUGAGGUAUUGCCCACUGAUGACUGCUUGAAAAAACAUUUGAGAAUCAGUGAGUGUGCUGCCGACAGUGAGAUACUCGACUGCAGUGCUGACCAUGAAAACAAUAUCUCCAUGGAGGGUGUACGAGAAGGAAGCAUGGAACAGACUGAGAACCAGUCUUCAUCCAAGGAAAGUAGGAAAACUUUCAAGAAAUGUAAUACACAUAAUGUGACACAAGCUGCUGAAAAACCCGAAAGAUGCAAUGAUGAUGGAAUUUUAUCUACAAAUGAUAAUGUCCACAGCGUCCUAAGUGCAAAGAGGUGUCACAGUUGUGAUGUUUGUGCUAAAUUGUUUACUCUAUCAAGUGCUCUUAGGAGACACAAAUUAAUACACACUGGUGAGAGAUCCCACAAAUGCGACGUUUGCGGCAAAUCUUUUACUCAUUUGAGUACUCUCAAGUCCCACUACAUAAUACACACUGGUAAGAGACCUUAUAAAUGUAGCGUUUGUGGAAAAUGUUUUACUCAAUUGAGCAAUCGGAAGAAACAUGAAUUAAUACACAAUGGAAACAGACCUCAUAAAUGUGAUGUUUGCGGCAAAGCUUUCACUACACUGUACAAUCUCAAGACCCAUAUAUUAAUACAUACUGGAAAGCUACCAUACAAAUGUAGUGUUUGUGGAAAAUCGUUUGUAAAUUCUAGUAAUCUGAAGGCACAUGAAAUAAUACACACAGGAAAGAGACCCUACAAAUGUGAUACUUGUGGCAAAUCUUUUAAUGCAUUGUCCAAUCUCAAUCGCCAUGUCUCAAUACACAGUGGAGAGAGACCCCAUAAAUGUAGUGUUUGUGGAAAAUCGUUUAAUCAGCCGAGUAGUCUGAAGGCUCAUUAUUUAGUACACACUGGACAAAGAAUACACACAUGCGUUGGUUGUGACAAAUCUUUUUCAGAACUGGGUCAUGUAGAGGCACAAAGAUUAACAGACACAGGAAAGAGUGCCCACAAAUGUGAUACUAGUGGAAAGUGUUUUACUUAUUUGGGUAAUCUCAAGAAACAGUCGAUACCACACACUGGCAAACGACCGCACAUGUGUAUUGUUUGUGGAAAAUCGUUUACUCGUUUGAGCUGUCUCAAGAGGCAUGAAUUAAUACACACUGGAGCGAGACUACACAAAUGCAAUGUUUGUGACAAAUCUUUUUUAUUACUGGAUCAUCUAAAGAGACACGCAUUAAUACACGUAGGGAAGAAUUCGCACAAAUGUGAUAAUUGUGGCAAAUGUUUUACUCUGCAACUGUUAAGAAAAAAAACGUAGUACACACUGCCGAACGACCGUAUCAAUGGAGUGCUUGUGGAAGAUAAUUCAACCAUUCCAGUAAUUUCAAAACACAGGAAUUACUACACAAUAAAAAAGGCUACACAGUUAUAUAUGUGGGAAAUUACUUAGGUUGAUCGUUUUGAGAAGCAUUCUAUAGUACAUACUUAGUAGAAACCAUUCAAAGCAUUGUGGAGGUCUAUCGUGUUACACAUGUUGCAAGACCACACAUAUGUUAUGAAAAUUGUUCGCAUCUGCUAGAGGGAGGUCAUAAAAAUGACAAAUCUAUUUCUCCUUCUUAACGUUUGAAGAAGAUUUAUACUAAAUACUACAUAUGAAUCACACAGUUGCGAUUUUUUUGUUCUGAUAAUGCCUUAAUGAACUGGCUACCAGAAAUUUGUGCAUUGAGAAAUAUCUUUCACUCGUUUGGGUAGAAGUUCCAAGUAGUAAUCAGGACCCCAUAUUCAUCAUGAGAAUGGAUCAAUUUGUUGCCAAUUUUUUGAAAGAUACUGCCAAGCAAGAUUCAUGAAGCUGUAUGCACCAGACAGGUGUCAUCUAAGAUGUGCUUAUUACAUAUUCUUCACUCAGGCUAUUUAUCUGAAAAAUGGAGAAAGAUACAAAAAUCUCACGAUCUUGCAAACACUCUACUGAGGUAUGCUUCCUUAAUAGUUGCUAUUUGUGAAGUUAAUAAUCUGCACACAUGUUAACUGUUUUGUACUAGAAUGAGAUUUUCACUCUGCAGCGGAGUGUGUGCUGAUACGAAACUUCCUGGCAGAUUAAAACUGUGUGCCCGGCCGAGACUCGAACUCAGGACCUUUGCCUUUCG